ACUGGAGCGCGCUCCGCGGCGACGCGCACGGAGGGGAAGUGGAAAAGGCGGAAGAAAGGACGUUGAAUAAACUUGCCAACUUCUAGCCGACUGGCUACAAAUACGGUUAGAGAGUGUGUUACAGAGGAACUGGUGACUUGUUUCUGUACAGAUCCAGUUAGCUAACCCGCCGCCCUGUCUACACUCAGUCACCGCUCUCUCUACUCGACACACGACACGACUACAGGACUCCAGUUUUCAAACAGACGUUGUUCAACCGACCCGAAGCCAUCCACCGUUACAAAGUCACAUUUAGCUGUUGUUAAAGUGCUGUGAUAACCAAUCCAUUGCACCACCGUUAUACACAACCAGCUCGCUGGCUCGCCUGGAGUCGGGCUUUUUCCUCCUUGUGGGAAAAGUUGUCCGCGGUUGGCGGAGGUGCCAAAGAGGCCUACAGUCGAGGAGUCUGCAUGUGUGAGGACUGUUGCUGGCGAGGAGUGACUCACACAUCGUUAGCUAAACACUCUAAACAAUGUCGGCCCAGGCACAGAUGCGAGCGAUGCUGGACCAGCUCAUGGGGACGGGGAGAGACGGAGAUUCCAUGCGGCAGAGAAUCAAAUUCACAGAUGAGCGGGUCUGCAAAAGUCACCUCCUGGAUUCCUGUCCUCAUGAUAUUCUGUCUGGCACCAGAAUGGAUCUGGGAGAGUGUAUGAAAGUCCACGACCUGGCCCUCAGAGCGGACUUCGAGAUUGCCUCUAAAGAGCAGGAGUACUUCUUCGAGCUUGAUGCUGCCGAACACCUCCAGUCUUUCAUCGCUGACUGCGACCGCAGGACCGAUCUGGCCAAGAAGAGACUAGCAGAGACGCAGGAUGAGAUCAGCGCUGAAGUGGCUGCAAAGGCUGAACGUGUCCACGAGCUGAACGAAGAGAUCGGGAAGCUGCUGGCCCGGGCGGAGCAGCUCGGGGGCGAGGGGAACGUAGACGAGGCCCAGCAAGUGCUGGAGAUGGUGGAGAAGACUCGAGGCUUGAAGAAGGAAGCAGAGGAUGUGUACAGGAACUCCAUGCCAGCCUCCAGCUUUCAGCAGCAAAAGCUCAGAGUGUGCGAGGUGUGCUCUGCCUACUUGGGUCUUCACGACAACGAUCGCCGUCUAGCCGACCACUUUGGGGGCAAACUGCACAUCGGUUUCAUUGAAAUCCGCGAGAAGCUUGAAAAGCUGAGGAAAGCAGUUAUAGAAAAACAAGAACGAAUGCGGUCGAGAAGACGAGAGGAACGUGAAAAAGACGACGAAAGGGAGCGAGAGUGGGAGCUGGAGCGGGAACGAGAGAGAGAGGGGGAAAGAGAGCAGGAGCGCGAAAAAGAGAAGGAGCGAGAAAAAGAGAGGGAGCGAGAAAGAGAGCGUGAAUGGGAGAGAGAGCGCGAGAGGGAGCGGAGGAGGUCCAGGUCUAGAAGUGGAGAACGAUACAGGGACGGCGGCACCUCGACUUCGUCCUCCCAUCGCUCAAGACGCCACCACUCCUCUCGUUCCAGAGAAGAAGGUGGCGGGGGGGGUGGUGGCGGGGGUGGCGACCGGGAUCGGGAGAGAGAGAGGAAGCAUCGACACAAGGAGCGGCAUCGCUCGAGCUCCCACUCUCACAGGCCCAAGAGGAAGAGGUCCUCCAGAGAAAGAUCAUCUCACACUCGUGACGGAGAGCCCUCGCCGUCCCAGGAGAUGUCCAGACAGGGCGCAGCAGGAGAGGGCUGGCGUGAGGACAGGGCGGAGUACGGGGACUGGGAGGGCGCGGAGAAGCCCCCCCCCUCCGCGGACACUGCCACAGCCAGGACCAGGGACCGGGAGAGAUCCCUGUCGUACGAGCGAGACCGGCGCUCCAGCUCCGAGGAGCGAGAGUCCGGGGAGAUAUGAGCAGGAGUGGACACCUCCAAAGUCUUCGGAUUGGAUACAUUAAUUGCUAAUAAAGGAGCAUGGGGAGACGAGUGUGUGCGUGUUGGUGCGAAUGUGUGUGUGUUCACGGUAAGAGGGGGACGUGUACAUCAGCGGGGUGGACGGUGGAAUCUUAACAUGGGGAUGAGGGAACAACUUCUGUGGUGGCGGUGAAGGAAAAGAUGCAAAACCAACUUUUAUAAGUAUGAAUUGUGGAAGCAGUAUAGUCUCUUUUUUUUUUUUUUUUUAUGCCAUCUUGUCGAUCCUAUGUAAAGUUAUUUUGACAGUGACGAGUGAGCGAUGAGACGGCAGCCCUACUUUUGAGUCUCUUUUUAUUUUGACAUUUUUAAAAAAAAAUCUUUAGUCGCAACCUUCGACGGUGACACUGUGUUUCCUGUUCCAUAAGAAAUCCGUCGGUCUCGGCGGCUGCGGAUUCAUUCACACGGGUUGGACUCAUUAACGCUGCGUCCACGGCUGUAGUGUUUGAAAGUGAGCUGAGAAAGACCGAAGGCACUUCUGAUGUUUGUGUUUGAUUUGCUGCCUUCAAGCCAUAACGAUCUCAUUUGAGAGUUUCGGUACCGAUCCACGGGCCCGACUUUUUAAAUUCGGGAUGCAGCGAUGAGCUCAUACUACUUAAUACACUCACUUGUCCUCCCCUGAAAGAAGUCAUUCAAAUAUUUCCACUCAGUUCCUGACAUGUGAAUGCAUAUAGAUGAUGUGCAUAUGUACGUACUGACACUGAAAGACCCAGGGACUCCUGUUUGCUGUGAUACGACCUGGAUGUACUGGGGGAAUCUACUUUGCUGUGCCACCAUUACGUGAAUAAAAUGUUCUGUUCUAUUCAAAUGCAACG